AUGGAUGCCGAUUUUAAGGCUCAAUUAGAUCAAGAAAGAACUAAAGUUGAAGAUGCAUUCGAUUUUCUUGGUUGUAAAGUUGGUCGAGGAACAUAUGGACAUGUAUAUAAAGCAAAGAAAAAAGACGGAAGUGACACACGAGAUUAUGCAUUAAAACAAAUCGAAGGUGUUGGUUUAUCAACAAGUGCGUGUCGAGAAAUUUCUUUACUACGUGAAUUAAAACAUGUUAAUGUUAUAACAUUACAACGUGUAUUUCUUUCACAUGCCGAUCGUCGUGUUUCUUUAUUACUUGAUUUUGCUGAAUAUGAUCUUUGGCAUAUUAUUAAAUUUCAUCGUUCAGCAAAACAAAAUAAAAAAACUGUUACAUGUGCACGUGGAAUGGUAAAAUCUUUACUUUAUCAAAUACUUGGUGGAAUACAUUAUUUACAUUCAAAUUGGAUACUUCAUCGAGAUCUUAAACCAGCUAAUAUUUUAGUGAUGGGAGAUGGAAUCGAACGUGGAAGAGUUAAAAUUGCAGAUAUGGGUUUUGCACGUUUAUUUAAUUCACCUUUGAAACCAAUGGCAGAUCUAGAUCCUGUGGUUGUCACAUUCUGGUAUCGUGCACCUGAAUUAUUACUUGGCGCUCGGCAUUAUACAAAAGCAAUUGAUAUUUGGGCAAUAGGAUGUAUAUUUGCUGAAUUAUUGACCUAUGAACCAAUAUUUCAUUGUAAACAAGAAGAUAUCAAAACAAGUACACCAUAUCAUCAUGAUCAACUUGAUCGAAUUUUUUCCGUUAUGAGUUUUCCAGCUGAUAAAGAAUGGGAAGAUAUGAAAAAAAUGCCAGAAUAUACACGUUUAUCGAAAGAAUUUAAAAAGAGCAAUUAUGCAAAUUACAGUCUGAGUAAAUAUAUGGAUAAACAUAGUGUUCGAUCAGAUAGUCGAGCAUUUCAAUUAUUAACACGUUUACUUACUAUUGAUCCAACCAAACGAUUAUCAGCAUUAGAUGCAAUGAAUGAUCCAUAUUUUAAAGAAGAUCCACGACCUACUGAUGAUGUAUUUGAUUCUGUUCAAAUUCCUUAUCCUAAGCGCGAAUUUAUAACUGAUGAUGAUUCAUCUGAUGCCGGUACACGUGUUGCUAAAACAGAACCAACGAUUAUGGUUAAAACAGAAGCUGCAUCUGUUGUUCUUACGCAACAACAAACAUCUCAUGUAACUCAUAGCCAACAACAAUUAACAAACCAACAACAACAGCAACAGCAACAGCAACAGCAACAGCAACAGCAGCAACAACAACAACAACAGCAAAAUAUACAUAUUAAACAACAACCACAACAGCAUAAUAAUAUUGUUCAACAAACACAUCCUCAACAAAUGAAAUUAAUGCAACAACAUCCAUCUAAUAUAAAUGUUCAAGGGCAACCACCUGAAAAGAAAUUACGUGCAACGGGUAGUUAUGCAGGUGGUGAUCCUUCAAAUUAUGAUUAUCAACGAAAUCCAAAUCAGCAACAGCAACAGCAACAAAUGUAUCAACAACAGCAGCAGCAACAACAACGAUUUUAG